AUGAGCUUCAAACAGCAGAGCUUCAAACAGCAGAGCUUCAAGCAGCAGAGCUCCGAGCAGCAGAGCUCCGAGCAGCAGAGUUUCAAGCAGCAUCCUAAGCAGCACUCUGAACAGCACUCUAAGCAGCAGCACUCUGAGCAGCAUCUCAAGCAGCAGAGUUUUGAGCAGCAUAGGAAGUUGAAUAACAAUAAAGAGAUAGCUAGCUACUCAAUUUAUAUGGAAAAUUACUUCACCUCUGUUGCUCUAUUUCAUUAUCUUUGA